UUAAAGACGCAUGAUCAAUCUCAAUCGGGAUUGAAAUCACUUCAAAAUAAUAUUUCGAGGAACAAACGCAAGCUAGCUAAAACCGCAGCAACUAAAGGAAAUAUUUUAAAUGAUGUAGAGUUGAGUUCCGAAGAUGAUCUAGAAUCAGAUGAUAGUGAUGACAAAGUGAUAAACAAAGCGGACGGAGCAAUGCCAAAAGAAGAAAUUGAUGAGCGCGACAUUAAAGACUCAAAAAUUGCAAAAAAAUUACGUUAUAUUCCAAAAGAGGAAAAUCCACCACCUACAUUUAUCAAACAUGUAAAUCGCGAGUAUUACCCCCGUUCGAAUCGUGCGAUGGGUUACCAAACUCGCCCGUAUGAACGUCCAAAUAAUAAUUACCGUCAAUCAGGCCCCGGACAGUUUCAUUAUAACCAAGGUAAUUGGCGAAAACCUCAAUAUCGUAAUAAUUACGAACCGCGAUCAUUUCAACCUUACGAAAUACCCAGGAGCAGCAACAACCAAGAAAAUUACAAUAAUUACAAUCAUUUUCGCGGUAAUCAAUAUAACCGACCUUAUUAUAGAUGUGGAUAUUUACCUAAGUGGCGAUCUGGUAAUUACAGUAAUAGUUACCCACAAAAUAAACACAUAAAGCAAAAUUAUCAUAAUUUCUAA